AUGGAACGCCGACUCUCGGAGUCUAAGGCUUCAGUUGCGGUGAUCAUCGGAGCUUCACCUGAUCGGAGUGCAAGAGGGGAGAACGGGAUGUUGGCGGCUGAAGACAUGAGUGGCGGCCGAUACACAAGGCGGGAAAACAAAAAGUACUUCACGAUGAUGCUACAUCAUGGAGGUAGUUUCCAUUACUACCCAAAUCGAGAUUACAUUGGAGGCAAGAUUGACUAUGUAGACUUCAUCGAGGUUGAAACUUUCUCCCUAGAGCUAUUUCAUAGCAUCUUAAGUUCUUUUGGUUAUGAUGUUGCGACAACAUAUGCAUACUCUUUAGUCUCAUUUGCUCCCUUAGACGUUGGUCUAAACAAGCUUGCUUAUUGGAAUGAUUUCAUUAACUUUGUCAAAAAAGUUAAAACAGAAGUUGCAUCAAAUCCAAAAAUUACUGUUUGGGAGGCUAGGAUCAUGCUUUUUGACAAAUUCAACUUUUGGAUAAAUGUUGACAAACUCAUUGAAGCUUUGGAUUACACCAAAUAUCAAGUGAAUCUUCUGGGGAAGUAG